CAUUAGCGAGCACUGUGUUGGAGCUCUGGCUCACUCGUGCGCGUGAGCGACUAUUUGACCUUGAGCUGAAAACCGAAGUCUCCCCAUUUUCUCAGCUCCAUGGAAAACCCUAAUUUUGCAAUAAACCAUCAUAGCUUACAAAUCCUGGAACAGAAACCCUAUGUUUGCCGAUUAUAGAUCCAUAAUAACCUGCAACUCUUGUGACAAAAGCCCUAAACUCUCCGAUUUCAAAUAAAACCAUAGGAUGAAAUUUACUGGAUCAAGAAAGAAACGGCUGACCAGCCAUGGAUUCCGGCUCCUGUUCACCCUCUCCAUUGGUUAUUUUGUGGUUCUUCUAUGUUCAAGGUCUCUGCAACAUCCUCUUGAAAUGGAAGAAGAUCAAAUGCUUUCAGAUGCUCUUAAAGAGACAGAAUAUAUCGAGAAUGGUCGGGCUCCAGAGAUAAAACCGUCUUCUUGUGCUACAGUUGAGGAAAUGGGAGCUGAUUUUUCAGAUGAGUCGGGAAUUCAGAGCCUCAGGGUUAGAAAAAUCAUCAGAGAUCACUUUCUCCUUCAUGGAGCUGCUAGAGUCCGCGACCUGUCUCCCGAGCAGUUUUGCAAGCAGGGUUUUGUUUUAGGAAAGGCAUCUGAAGCAGGGUUUGGCAAUGAAAUGUACAAGGUCUUAACUGCUGCAGCAUUGAGUGUUCUCUUAAACCGAUCCCUGAUCAUCGGGCAAACCAGGGGAAAAUAUCCUUUUGGGGAUUAUAUUGCUUAUACCAAUCUUUCAUUCACCUUGCAUGAAGUUAAGCAUCUCUGGCGGCAGAAUGAUUGUGUUCACAAACAUGGGAAACGUCUAACGAUGAGAAUGGAUGAUUUUGAGAAAACAGCUGAUACGAAUGUCCUAUGUGGCAAUUGGAGGGAAUGGAAGCAACCUAUCAUCUGGUUCCAGAGUACGACAGAUGCUGUUGCAAUUCAAUUUUUCUUGAAAAACAUACACCCUGGAAUGAGGGAUGCUGCCUCUAUGUUGUUUGGAGAGCCAAGGCUCUUGCGUGCUAGACCUAAUGUAUUUGGGGAGUUGAUGAGUAUUGUUGUACAUCCUACACCUGCUAUUGAAAAAGCUGUAAAUUGGGUCCUUAAAGGUGGUCCAGAUCCAGACAUUACCUUGCACAUGCGUUUGCAGAUGAAUAGACCUGUCAGAGCAGUUAAAGCAGCAUUGAGUUGCUUAAAGAAGGCCUUGGAUGAAUAUCAAAACAUGACCAGGAGACCUCGGGUGGUGGUGGUUUCUGAUACACCUUCACUUAUUGAAGAUAUUAAGCCGAACUUGAGUGGAUUUGCUGAGGUUCUUCAUUUUGACUACAUGUUAUUUGAGAAGAAUGUUUCCAGUGAGGUGCUCGAUGGAAUCCAAAAUCAGCCUUUAAAAUUCAGGGUAAAAGAUUGGGGCCCAACACCAAGGUGGGUAGCAUUUGUGGAUUUCUUCCUCGCAUCACGUGCAAAGCAUGCAGUUGUAUCUGGGGCCCACAGGCGAGUUGGGACAACUUUUGCCCAAUUAGUUGCAGGAUUAGCAGCAGCACGGCAACUUGAUGAGGAGCACACUUCUGGUUUUUCAUUUUAUAGCAGCUUCCAUAGCAACCUCUUGGUUACUGGCCUUGGGACUCAGGUUGGUUGGGGCCACGUAUGGAACAGAUUCUCAGGUCCAUUGAGUUGUCGCGGCCAGCCCAACCAAUGUGCCCUCACUCCUCUCCUCCCAUCAGCUUGGUGGGAUGCAACAUGGCAGUCCCCCAUUCCACGUGACAUUAGGCGCAUGCAAGCAUAUGGGGUCCACCUCUCAAACACUGGAGAAGUCAAUGAGAGCCAUAUAUUGGGCUCUUGUAAAUUGAGGAAAGAAGUGAUAAAGACAAUUUCUUUCUCCCGAAAAUAGGAAUUGGAUUAAAAGAAACUGCACUAUAAGUUUGAUUGACUCCAGAAAAUUGUAGACCAUUGGCUCCUUAUAAUGAUGAACGGUGAUGGAUGAAGAGAGUGGGUCCAUCGUUUGGGCCAUGCACUGUCGUAUUGUGUCAUGCCCUCUAUCACCAAUAUUCAUUGGACCGUGGUAUAUCUUUCAAUAUUUUCCUGGCCCUAAAUGGUGGGAGCUGAUGCAAGAACCCAAACAGAGUGUAUCGACCUUCAUUGAGCUUGUAACCCUUUUGAUCGAUGAUUCAAAUACGAUACGGUGCCUUCUAGCAAAGGAAUCUUAAUUGUUGAGGCUCUUCAUCCGGGUGCUGUUCCAUGGCAGUCAUUUUAUAAUGCUGUUAUGCCAUAUGCUAACCUGUUUAGAUGUGUUUCAUUUUGUGAGUUUCUGAUACCGUGGCUUCUUGAGCUGCCAUGUUUUCAGAUUAGCCUCGUCAAAGGCUUCAUAUUGACUGUAAGUUCAUGGAAGGGGUUUAUCUGAUUUAUACUUAACGAAUGUUUUAGUGGUCCAUCAACUGUUUUGCUGUUUGUAAUGGGUUUAUAAUUCUUGACUUGGUUGGAGGUAGGAUGAUGAAAGUUGUAAUGUAA